AUGUAUGAGAUCUACGCCGCUGGCGCUGCGGCAGCAUUCACAGUAGAUUGCUUGAUCUAUCCUCUCGACACCCUCAAGACCCGAUACCAAAGCCGUGAUUUCGUCAAGACCUAUGCCUCAUCGCCAAGCAACAAAGCGCCGCUCUUCCGCGGCCUCUACCAGGGCAUCGGGAGUGUGGUCUUGGCUACGUUACCAGCAGCUGGUAUCUUUUUCGCCACGUACGAGAGUAUGAAGAAGACAAUCUCCAAAACCGGCUCAGUCCCGCAGCCGUUGGUGCACUCCUUGGCCUCAGCCGUCGCGGAGAUGGGCUCAUGUCUGGUCCUUGCGCCCGCAGAAGUAAUCAAGCAAAACGCGCAAAUGCUCCGUCAGCGGCAGGGCAGCGGCAGCGGGUCGGGCGGCAGACGGUCGACAUCCCUCAAGGCUCUGCGCCAGGUCACCAGCUCCGGGGCCCAGGGGCGGCUCUUCUCCGGAUACACGGCGCUCGUCGCGCGCAACCUGCCCUUCACGGCGAUCCAGUUCCCCAUAUUCGAACACAUGCGGAAGAUGGUGUGGGACUCGAGGAUGCGGGGGAGGGCGGCGGGCGAGGAACAUGGACUUGUCGAGACGGCCGUGGUGACGGGAACCACAGCCGGGACCGCGGGCGCGUUUGCCGCGUUCAUCACGACGCCGAGCGAUGUCGUCAAGACGCGGAUGAUGCUGAGUGCAGGCAAGGCCAACUCGGACAGCGGCAGAGGGAGCGCUCCACCGCAGGAGUCGAGUAAUGCAGCGAAACCGAAAAGGAGCCGCGGGAGCCUGGAGGUGACGCGGGAUGUCUACCGGCAGAACGGCAUCCGCGGGCUCUUCCGUGGUGGAGGGCUGCGCGCCGUGUGGACGGCCGUUGGCAGCGGCCUGUACCUGGGAACGUACGAAAUGUCAAAAGUCUGGCUCACACGAGGGAAGGACGAAUCGGAUGUCGUCGAGGGGCUGUGA